AUGUCGGAUCCCAAUGUCCGCUCAGGGCCAGGUAUAGAAGGAAUGCAUCAUGAAGAACAAUCCACCUCUUUACCCUCCCGACCGAAAACCCAUUCAUCUCCGUCUCCUCUUCUCCCUGCUCCAUCCCUCGCUUCUGGCAGGUACAAUCGCCAAAUGCUCGUUCCUCAAGUCCGGCUCCGCGGCCAAGAAUCUCUACUGGCCUCCAAAGUCCUUAUCAUUGGACUGGGCGGGCUCGGUUCACCUGCGGCACUGUACCUUGCCGGCGCAGGAAUUGGCACAUUGGGUCUUAUGGACGGUGACAAUGUGGAACUCAGCAAUCUCCACCGUCAAAUUGUCCACACCGAAUCUGCUGCACGCUCCGGGCAGAGUAAAGUCCAGUCCGCGGUUACGAGAUGUCGAGAGCUGAACCCAGAUAUCGUCUACGUCUGCCAUGAGGAACCCGCCAGCGCGAGCAAUAUUCUGGACAUCGUGUCACACUAUGACCUUGUGCUCGACUGCACAGAUAAUCCUGCAACGCGCUAUCUAAUCUCGGAUGCGUGCGUGGUGCUGCAGAAAGUGCUUGUUAGUGGGGCUGCACAGAGAGCUGAGGGAAUGCUCAUUGUCCUCAAUUCCCCUCCCACUCCUUCGGAGGGAAACGAAAAGGGCCCUUGCUAUCGUUGUGUCUUUCCUCGUCCGCCAGCCCCGGAGACAGUACGAGGGUGCAGCGAGAUAGGGAUCCUAGGCCCUGUUGUCGGGGUGAUAGGGACUUUGAUGGCUGGAGAGGCUAUCAAGAUCAUCACCAGCGGCGGACACCUCUCUCCUCAAACCACAGCAGGACAAAGUGUGGAUAACACAAGAGCUUUAGGGGGAACGCCGGGCCAAGAGAGACAACACACUAUGCUCCUGUACAACACCUACGCCGCCGAUCCACGAAGUAUGUUCCGCACAAUCGGCAUGCGAGGCCGGCGGAAGGAUUGUGUCGCAUGCGGCGAUGACGAGGCUCUGACAACUAAAGGUCUGAGCAAGAUCACAGCAGAAGUGAUCUCUCACGGUAGAGUGGACUAUCAGGCAUUUUGUGGUGUUCUUGAGGAUGUCACGCUGCUCAGCGACAACAAUAGAAUCCACGCAAGAGACUUUCUACGGGAGCAUGCCGAGGCGGAAGCACAACAAGAUCAAACUGGCAGACGGAAAGGCAAGCCUAUUGUGGUCGACGUGCGUGAAGAGCACGAAUACGAGCUCGGUCCGAAGGUUCGGGACAGUGUCAAUAUCCCAAUCUCGCAGAUUCUGAGGCACGGAAGCCAAGCCUUUGGUGUUCUUGAAUCUGAGCUGGAGCCCAAUCCGCCUCCUGAUAUGGGACCUGAUGGAGGGUUGAUCGAUCAGGAGUCACACAUCCCAGUGACUAGAAGGCACGAAAGCUACCCUACGAGGCCAAGGGGCCAAUCCGAUCAAAUACCACCAACCCCAGCGAGGGAGACAGGCCCCGACCCCGCUCCUGAUAUGGGGCCAGAUGGAGGGAUGAUUAAUCCGGAGUCACAUAUUCCUGUGACUAGGAGACAAGACAGCUUCCCCACGAAGCCAAGCGGCCAAUCUGAUCAAAUACCUCCGACCCCAGCGCGAGAGACAGGAGAUCCCCUGCCUGACCUGGGACCAGAUGAAGGGUUGGUUAAUCAGGAGUCGCAUAUCCCUGUGACUAGAAGGCAUGACAGCUAUCCCACGAAGCCCAAGGGCCAAUCUAAUGAGAUACCGCCGAGUCCAGCAAGAGAGACAGGAGACGAUACUGGCGAAGAUCAACAGUAUCCGUCGGUAUACUUCGUCUGCCAGCGCGGAAACGACAGUCAAAUCGCAGCACAGAAACUGAUAGAAAAGGUCGAAUCUGAAGCAGCAGCUGAACAAGGAGCCGUGCGGAAAAAGAAGUGGGGAUGGAUUGGAGAUGUUAAAGGUGGUUUUCUCGCUAUGGAAAGGCACGCAAGGUCAAUCAUAUAA